AUGCGUGUGUUGGAUGAUGUCUGCAAGACGGUGCAUGCCGUCGACUCGGCCACCGCCGACACCAAGUUUAUCGAAAAGUUGAUCCACCAAAUCCAGCAUCCACACUUUGUCGUCUCCAACACGGGCUCUUCGGCCGACGAGUUCACCAUCAAGCAUUAUGCCGGUGACGUCACCUACUCGAUCGAAGAGUUUUGUUUCAAAAACAACGAUAAUCUGUAUGCAUCGAUCGUAUGUUGUUUGCAGUCUUCCACCUACUCGUUUAUCGCCGGUCUCUUCCCCGAGGACAUGAUGGACAACAAGCAGGCACCCACCACCGCAUCAUUCAAGAUUCGUCAGUCUGCCAACUACCUCGUCCAGCGUCUCUCGUCGUGCACACCCCAUUACAUCCGUUGCAUCAAGCCCAACGACAAGAAACAGGCCAUGUCCUUUGUAUCGUCGCGUGUCGAGCAUCAAGUCAAGUACCUCGGUCUCCUCGAAAACGUCAAGGUCAAGCGUUCCGGUUUCGCCUACCGUCACUACAAAAACGUGUUCCUCGACCGUUUCGGCAAGAUCUUUGACCAGCCACCCCGCGGUGUCCCCGAGUUUGUCGAAGCCCUCAUGCGUGUCACCAAAGACAUUCCAGCCGACGAAUUCGAAGAGGGCAAAACCAAAAUCUUUGUCAAGAACCCUGAAACCAUCUUUGUCUUGGAGGAUCUACUCAUGCAAAAGAUCGAUCCCGUUGGUUACAAACAACGUGUACAAGCCUAUAAAGAAAAUCAAAAACUUGCUCAAGCUAAACAUAGUCAUGGUUUAAAACCAAAAUGUUUAAUUCAAUAA